AUGAAUGUCCCCUUGGGCGCAAAAAAGGAGAAAGGGGAACGACCGGAUAUCAAGUUUGAAAUCGAUUUGAAAAAACCUAGCAAAACCAAAUACACCGAAUUCAACUAUGAUGAUUAUAAAAGAAAUAAUUUGGAGGAUGAGGAUGAAUUUCGACCAUUGCCGAGCGAUGUUGAAAUGGUAAAAAGAUUAGAGGAAAAAUAUGGAAAGAAGAAAAAUAAGAAGCGAAAACGCCCGAUUUUGCAUGAAGACGAUUUUAUUGAUAAAUCUAGCGGAUAUGAUGUUGAGGACACUUUUAUUGAUGAUAGUGAAGCGUUUGAUGAGCUUGUGCCAUCUAGUAUGGAAACCGCGAAAGGCGGAUUCUACGUGAACAAGGGACCAUUGGAGUUCAAGCAAAUAACGGGAUCGAGCGAUGAUGAGGAUGACAGUGAUGUCGAGGAGACGAAAAAGUCGAAGCAGAUCGAGAGCGAUUCGGAUGAGGAAAUGGAUGAUGAGAAUGAUGUUGAGAAUGGGAAGAAGGCGAAGGAGAAGAAAGAGAUGCCGAGAAUGACUGGAGCACCGCCGACCAAGCGAGUUAUGAAUGAGCAGGAUAAGGCGAAUGAGGCGAAACGCAAAAGGCUUACUGGAAUGCCGCCGACAUUGAAGAAACAAUCGAUAACGGGAUGUCCGCCAGUUUUGGAGAAGAUGAGCAAAGCUGCGUCGGCUUCGCCGCUUUCGACGGCUUCUAAAGAAGCCACGAAGCCGGUGACGUCGAGCUCUUCAUCGAAUCUAAGCAAACUUGAAGAGGCUUCGAAUAAGAAGAAAUCGCCACUACCUCCAACUCUUGCUAAAGAAGCGCCAAUUCAAAUCACUCAGAAUCAUACAAGCACGAACCAAUCGAAAGGAACCAAUGGAACGAAUGUUGGCAAUCUCAAUGAUCAAAUGUUGGUCAUGGCUGCAGCGAUGAUUAAAAAGCAGCAAGAGCAGGUGUUGGCGCAGGCGCAAGCGCAAGUUCAGGCUCAGGCUCAAGCGCAGGCUCAGGCUCAAGCUCAAUUCUUGAAGACGAUCGCGUCGGUCGCCGCGUCGCCGCAGAAAGCCGCAACAACUAGUACGGUGCCACAAGUGCUUUCCAACUUGUUGAACGAUGUUGAGAGAAUGGUAAAAGAGUUGAAGGAUUCCGGAAAGAAACGCCUACCGGACUCGAUUAUAGACAAAGCUAUCAAAAUUCUUGAUUUAUGUGAUGAAAUGAAUAUAACGAAAGCCGAGAAGAAGCGAGUUAAAGAAUUGCUAUCGAUUAAAGCUGAUGUUCACUAUUUGACGUUGAAGCAUCGCGUUGAAAGCCGGCGAAAUGAACUUGCUUCAAAAGCGGACAAGGAUGACGAUAUUCAGGAGAUUCCUAUCACGAAUUCGGUGCAACCGGUCUCAAUUCUAACGCCGAGCAAUUUUAAGCAGGGCUUCAGAUCAUUUUCGGUGCCGCACUGGGCAUCUCAUGAGUUAGAGCUUGUCAAUAAUUAUUUGAAAAAUAUGAGACAAUCCUGCGUCAUUCCUGAUGUUCUCGUCGAGGAAUUGGAAAAAACGAUGUUGAAAACCAAAUCGAGCCCGCAGAAUGCCUUCGAAAAGCUAAAAGCUAUAGGUCCUGUGAUUGCCAGUGUUCAAUCGAAGCAGGGACAACGAAGAAAGAGCCGCGUCCUGCUGGUGACCGCAAUUGACGAAUCUCAAAAAUUCUAUGAGUACUUGAAAAAGAACUCGAAGAAGAACUCGCAGGACGUCACAUUGAUAGCGCAGAGAAAUAAUGAGGCGGUGAAUGCUAUCAAAACCGGUGUCGCCAAAAUGGAGGAGAAAUUCAAGGCGGCGGUGGAAAUCGCGAAUAAACAUGGAACUGCUCAGCCCACCAAGGAGUUUACAUUCAGCGAAACCAUUUUGACGGCGUUGAGCAAUUAUCUUGACGCGCUUUGCGAAAAUCAAUCCGUCCUUCAGCAGCCGAAAUUCUUCCUGACGUCGCUUUCAAACCUCCACAGAGAAAUGAACAACGUUAUGAGUCUCGGAAUGUUCUUCAUCGAGGUUUGCCGCCGUUUGCCGAAAUUCGCGUUCCUUCUUGCCACCGAUGAGAUGAAAAAAGUUUUGGCGGAGCAAAAAAUCUCGCCGGCCAUGUUUCAAGUUGUUCAGAAUCCCAAGUUCGCCAUCAAGUUGCCGACUCAGAGUCCGGUGAGCCAAGCCGCGCAGAUUGUCAAAUUGAAAGAAAUUGAUUUGAUGUCGAAAGAAUUGGCGGUGAUUUUGGUGAAUACUGGUGUUCCGCAACAUCAGAAGGUCGCGUUUUUUGCGUCGCUUCGAUGUAAAGAGGGAUCGACGUUUGAUGAGGCCUACCAGAAAGCGCAGGCGAUGUGCGCCGAGCUGUUGGCGCACGAGAAGAAGAAGAAGGAUGAUGAGAUGAAGCGCAAGAAGGAAGAGGAGCGCGCACGACAGGAGAACGAGAGACGAUUGGCUGAGGAGAAGCGUAAAGCCGCCGAGGAGAAGCGCCAAAAAGCGGAACAGGAGAAAUUGGAGCGCGAGCGAAUGAAGGCGAAACUCAAAGAGGAGGAGCGUUUGAGGAAGGAGCGCGAAGCGCGUGAAGCACGCGAGCGCAAAGAGCGCGAGGCGCGAGAAGCGCGUGAGAAAAAAGAGCGCGAGGAACGCGAAGAAGCCCAACGUAAAGAGCGUGAGCGACUCGAGAGAUUGGCCGAGGAAUCGCAAGAGGCGGUGCAGGAUUUGGAGAAUGAGAUCCUCAUGGACUCGCUCGAUUUCGUCACCGAGCAAGAAUUGAAGGCGCAAGAGGAGCAGAGACAAGCCGAGAAUCGGCGAGCCGCCGAGCGCACUCAACAGAUGGAGGCGAUGCGGGCUAAGCAGCUGGCUGCUCAGGAGCAGAAGCUCAAAGAAUCGAUGGGAAAAAUGGAUCAACCGACGCCAAUCAAAACCGAAAUUGUCGAGCAAUCAGUGAUGCAACAACAACAACAACAGCAGCAGAUCAUGUCGGGAAGCCCGCUGUCUCAUAUGAACCAGCAGAUGAAUUACAACUCGAACUCGAACUACAACAAUCAGACGACGGCGACGACGACGACGUUUGCGAGUCCGCCGCGUGUGCCGCAGAGUCCGCAAUUCGUCAACAACACGCCGCAACAUCAGAGUCCGUUUCAUCAGCAGAGUCCGCCGAAUGUGUUCGGAUCGUCGCCGGCUCAUCAUCAGCAGCAGCAGCAACAGCUUCAUCAUUAUUCAUCGCCGAAUCAGAUUCAGCAACAGAGUAUGAUGAAUAACUACACGACGAUGAAUCAGCAAGCUCAAAUCAUGGCGAACAAUGUUCAGCAGCAGGCUGCUCAGAUGAUGAUGGGCUAUCCGCAGAGUUACUUUUACCGGUGCAUUUUACAACUUUUCUGGGUUAAUCGAAAUUAA